UUUCUGUGAGGCAUUUUUUUCUCCUGGAAGAGAGGCGCUGAUUGGCCCCAACCUGGUGUAAUGAAAAUUUCCAAUGUAAACUCAUUUUCCCUCAGUUUCAGCAAUUUUAAAUCUAUAUAUAGAGAUAUCUUUGUCAGAAUUGCAUUGUUAGCUUCACCUUGUAAACUAAUUGUCUCACAUUGUCAUUACAAAUUGAGCCCUAUUAAUGCAUCUCACCUCCCAACUGAUCCCAGCUCUGGUCUGCCUACUAGCAUGUACCAGCAACUGCCUCCAUGGACGCGAGCUCAUCCUCUUACAGGAGAUCAUCAAAACACUGAACAACCUCACAGAGACAAAGGACCGGUACAUGGAGCUGACUGUAGCAGAAGUCUUGCCUGUCCCAAAGAACACAACUGAGAAGGAAGCCUUCUGCAGGGCCGCAAUGGAGCUUCGGAAGAUCUACCCCCCACACCCCAAGGACGUGACUGGGAAACACCUGAGCAAACUUGACAGGAACCUCAGCAGGUUGGCCAACAUGAACUCCUGCCCUGUGAAUGAAACCAAGAAGAUCACCUUGAAAGAACUCUUGGAAAGGCUAAAGCAGACGAUGAAAAAGAAAUACGCCAAGGGUUGA